AUGGAAGCCGACGAGGAGAUACAAUUCCAGCUGUUCCAUGCUGCCUGUACGGAGCACAUGAGAUCCGAAGCGUCACUAGAUGUGGACGAUUUAAACAGAGCAAUUUCGCUUUACUGCUUCGCCCUUUCCAAGAUACCUCAAAGCAGUACUUUGCACCGCCAAGGUCUAUUCAAUCUUUCCUGUGCCCUAGAGGACCGCUUCCGUAAAAACGGACUACUGGAAGAUCUCGAUAAAUCGAUUGCAGUUGGGCGUGGUGCGCGCAAUCUUGUACCUACAAAUGACAGUAACCAACAUAUUUUCCUCGACAACCUUGCUGCCCAGCUUCAAACUCGUUUCAAACACACAGAACAGCUCCGAGACAUCGAUGAAUGUAUUGCUUUACGGAGAGAUGUAUUGGAAAUGUCACAUUUGCCAGCUGACCGGCGCCAUAUAUUUCUUCGUAGGCUUGCACGAGCGCUCGAAAGCCGAUUCGAAGUGGAGAGAGACAUAGAAAAUCUCGAAGAGGCAAUAUCUCAAUACAGGAUGAGCGUUGAUCUUAUAACGACUGAGUCUGAUUCUCAUCCAGAUCUCUCAAAUGCUGUUCGCUGCCUGGCUGACGCUUUGGUCGACUUGUAUGGAGAAACAAGCGAACAAAGGCAUCUCAAUGAAGCUAUCUCUCUAUUCCGCCGCUCAAUUUUGUGUGCAGGGGAUGCAGAAGAGAAAUACGAACCUCUUCACAACCUUGCGCACGCCUUGAAGACUCGAUUCGAUUGCAUGGGAUUACCAGAGGAUCUACGGGAGUGCAUUGACAUGCAUAGACAGGUGUUUAAUUCAUUGCCUCAAUCACAUCCCGAUCGACCGAUAUACACGAUCAAUCUUGCUAAUGCCAUCAUGGCAAGGUAUGAUCUAAGUGGUCAAGAGGCUGACCUUCACAGCUCCAUCGCAAUGUAUCAGGAAGCCGUAGAUUUGGAACGAGCGCAACCAACGGGGACCGCUGGUUCAAAUGAACAUAUGGCCAUUAACAACUUGGCGACUGCGCUCGUGUAUCGGUUCGAACUUAACGGCGAAAGAGGUGAUCUCGAGCAAUCUAUAGCAUUGCACAAGGAUAACCUCGCGCGUAUGCCCUCUCGAGACCCCAGACGUGCUGAAUAUCUGACCAAUCUCGCAAACUCCCUUAACGCUCUGUCUCGCCAAACUGGUGAUCGAGCCACUAUGGACCAAGCCAUUUUGACUUAUAGGGAAGCCUUUGAACUAUUUACACCGUUACACCCAAUGCGAUCGCGAUUUGUCAAUAACCUUGCACAGACUCUUCUGCUGCGUUAUGAACAAACCGGCUUUGAGAACGAUUAUGAAGAGGCGGUAACGUUACUCCGAGAAGCCUUACAGCGCCAUUCUGGUUCUCACCCCAGCAGGGGGUAUUCUCUCAUUAACCUCGCUAACGCACUCGGGGCGAAAACCCACACGAAAUCAAAGGAAGCGACUCGGGGUAGACUCGAGGAAGCAAUUUCCCUGUGCAGGGAGGCCCUAAACCUUUCUGAUUCUGGUCGUUCCAACAAUGCCACCAUCCUCAACAGUCUCUCAGGCACACUCCUGGAUCAGUAUAAAUUGGAUAACGAACAAGAGUACCUCAUCGAGGCCGUGCAACGAUACCGAGAAGCGGUGGAUCUCCUUCCUUUGCCCAGCCCUCUUCAACCCAUGUAUCUAAGCAAUCUUGGACAUGCACUACAUUGCUUAUUCAAAACCUCACGUGAAAAAGACCACUUCAUCGAAGCCGCAUCCUUGCAUAAAAAAGCACUUGAACUUUAUCCACCUUUUCAUUAUCAUCGAUACGUAUCGUUGAUGGAUCUGGCGAACCUUCUGGUACUUGCGUACCUACGUACAGAAGAGGUGGUAUAUCUAGAUUCAGCGAUGCUUUCCUUCAAGGCAGCGUCUCAGAACGCCUCUCAUAGUGCUUUUACUGCUCACAAUAUUGCUGACACUUGGUCGUAUCAUGCAGACGCUCUGGGACACACUUCCGCACUGGAGGCAUAUGAGGUUGCUUUGCGCAGCUUGUCGCAAAUGGCUUCCCUCAGCCUUGAUAUAUACUCGCGACAAGACACAAUUCAAACCUCCAGGUCGGGUCUAGCUUCGAAGGCAGCUUGGUGCGCCAUCAAGGUGGAAAAUUUUAACCAGGCGGUCGAGUUCUUGGAGGGAGGACGAGCCAUUUUUUGGGCACAAGCCCUACAUCUACGCACGUCCUUUGAUCGCUUACAGGAAAAAUCACCCGUUCUUGCGCAGAGAUUGCAGCAACUUGCAGGAGAAUUAGAGCAUGCAUCGUAUCGCAAUUCGGUUUCUGCAGACCCCGCUAUGGAUAAUAAAUCCAAAAUGUCGCUCGAGGCACAAGAAGCUCAGUUCAGAAAGCUUGAUGAUGAAUGGUCUAAAGGUAUUAACGAGGUCCGAAACAUACCCGGGUUCGAAGAUUUCCUUCAAUCCCCACGAAUAGAAUCUCUCCGACGAGCGGCAAGUGACUGUCCCAUUAUAUUCCUUGUGCCGGGACAAGACGUGAGCGCAUGUCUUGUUAUGACUGCUCAGACAGUCCACUAUAUAUGCCUUGAUAAUCUUUCAGAAGAGACCUUGCUUAGCCUGGUGACCAUAACAAGGUUGGCGUGCGGUCCAACCCCUGAUCUAAGAGGAGAAGUGGACCAAUUCAUCUCUGUCCAGGAAAUCUGGACCGAUGAUAUGCUGGAAAAAUCACCUGCGCUGAACAGAUUAAGAUCGAAAGGCGCAUUCGGUCGGCGUAGAACAAGGCCUUCGUCCGACAGUCUAUUUGAAUACGUCUUACUCACCCUAUGGGAUGACCUUGUCAAGCCUAUAAUAGACGCUCUUGGUUUCCAGAAAUUACAAUCACCCCAGCGUGUAAAAUGGUGUCCAUCUGGACCUUUCUCUUUUCUUCCUAUCCAUGCGGCGGGAUGUUACAAUCUAGAUCAAGGUUCAUUACAGUGUACCUCUGACUAUUUGGUGUCAUCAUACAUACCUACAGUUGGUCUACUCUUAUCCUCAGUGACGAAGAAGAAUACAACAUCGGAAGGGGUACCUUUUCAGUUCUUGGCUGUGUUGGAUCCAGAGUUGCCGUCCGCCUCCAUCGAACUCCAUAAAAUCAAGAAACAGGCUCCGUCUGACUGCAUUAUUGAACUUGGAUCUACGGGUGGCCCAGGUGCUACCAUCGACACAAUCUGUUCUCAUCUACAAACAGCAUCUAUUGCUCACUUUGCAUGCCAUGGAAUACAGGAUCCAUCAAGUCCUCUGGACAGUUCACUUUUUGUUCACGACGGGAAGUUGAGCAUUGUGAAGAUCAUGCAACAAUCUAUCCCCAACGGUUCUCUUGCGUUUCUCUGCGCAUGUGAAACAGCCAUGGGGGAUAUGGCAGUACCUGAUGAAUCUAUGAGUAUUGGCGCGUGCAUGUUGUUCUCUGGGUACAGGAGCGUCGUUGCUACUAUGUGGAAAAUAGCCGACGAGGACGGGCCUACAGUUGCUGAUGCGUUCUAUGCAAAACUCUUCGAAUCAGUGGAUGACAAAGCGAAUCCAUUGAUGCCUGAUAUUUCCCAAUCCGCACAAGCGCUUCACAACGCUACGCUCCAGUUACGUCUCAGUGGGGUAGGAUACCGACGAUGGGUCCCAUUCGUACAUUUGGGGAAUUAA